AUGUCUGGCCCAAAGAAAAGCCGUGGCCGCCAAAAGAUCGAGAUGAAGAAAAUGAGCAACCAGAGCAACCUUCAAGUCACAUUCUCCAAGCGCCGCAACGGGCUUUUCAAGAAAGCCAGUGAGCUUUGCACUCUCUGUGGUACUGACGUGGCGCUCGUUGUUUUCUCUCCUGGUCAGAAGGUGUUUUCCUUUGGCCACCCCAACGUGGAUGCCGUCAUUGACCGCUAUCUCGCACGGCCCCCACCGACGGACUCCGGCACCAUGCAGAUCAUCGAGGCCCACCGCAUGGCCCACGUGCAUGACCUCAACGUACAACUCACUCAGAUCAACAACCAGCUUGACCAUGAGAGGAAGCGCACCAAUGAGCUCAAUCUCAUGAACAAGGAAGCCCAAGCCCAGAUGUGGUGGGCACGGCCCGUGGAUGGGAUGAGUAUGGCCCAAGUGAAGCAGUUCAAGGCGGCGUUGGAGGAGAUGAAGAAGCAGGUUGCGCGCCUUGUCGAUAGGGCUAUGCUUCAGAGUGUUACAAACCCAACUCUUCAAUUUUUCCCCGGGGUUUCUUCCUCUUCCAAUUCCAACCUUGUGCAUCAGCCACACCCACUUCCAGCUCCGCAGGUGUUCACCCCACACCUGAUUCAGCCACCCAUGCUUCAGAACUUCAUGUUUCAUGAUGGGAGCAUGAUGCGCCACCAUGGGUUUGAUAACAUUGGAAUGGGAGGAUAUGGACCUACUGCGGGUUUCUUUUGA